GGCGCGCGGGCGGCCGCGCUGGCGCUGCUGCUGGGGGCGCUUCACGGGGUGCCGGCGCGCGGCGAGGAGAACGACUACUACGGCUGGCAGGCCGAGCCGCUGCACGGGCGCUCGUACUCCAAGCCGCCGCAGUGCCUCGACAUCCCCGCCGACCUGCCGCUCUGCCACACCGUGGGCUACAAGCGCAUGCGGCUGCCCAACCUGCUGGAGCACGAGAGCCUGGCCGAGGUGAAGCAGCAGGCGAGCAGCUGGCUGCCGCUGCUGGCCAAGCGCUGCCACUCGGACACGCAGGUCUUCCUCUGCUCGCUCUUCGCGCCCGUCUGCCUCGACCGGCCCAUCUACCCGUGCCGCUCGCUGUGCGAGGCCGUGCGCGCCGGCUGCGCGCCGCUCAUGGAGGCCUACGGCUUCCCCUGGCCCGAGAUGCUGCACUGCCACAAGUUCCCCCUGGACAACGACCUCUGCAUCGCUGUGCAGUUCGGACACCUGCCUGCCACCGCGCCUCCAGGUUGGGAGGCCUUGGGGUAAAAGCUCAAUGCAGGAAGAGCGAGCAGAUUGCCAGCACCUGCCACUGACAAGGAGCCCUUGGGAGAGCUGCUGAACUUGGAGCUUUGGUUUUCCCCUAAGUAAUAUAGGAAGCCAGCUCAGGUUCCAGAAACCCGUGAGAUCCUACGUGCCACCUCCCAACCGCCCCCAGUCCCAUUACCCCUAAUCUCUCCCUGGCCUCAGCCUCCCUUCCCUGUGCGCCCCAUGGCCCGCUCCAAACGCCAAACUCCUUCCAAGCAGAGUAAGCCUGGGCUGGGCACCAGACCGGGGAAUAAACAGCGGCAUGAGCAGGA